UCCCUCCACCUCUUCCCUACACGCCCUGUCUCUUUUUUCUGCCCAAACCGUCUCCUUUCGUCUCUGCAACCCUAAAAUGCCGGCGAUAAGCCUACCUUUGGUUGCCGCCUCUCCUGUCGGAGGAGCAAUCGAAGCGGAAUACGAGCCGUUGCUGGCGGAUAAUCCCGACCGCUUCUGUAUGUUCCCUAUCACCUAUCCCUCCAUCUGGGAGUUCUACAAGAAGGCGGUGGCCUCCUUCUGGACGGCGGAGGAGGUGGACCUCUCGGACGAUCUCCCCCACUGGCAGCACCGCCUCUCCGAUGACGAGCGCCACUUCAUCUCCCACGUCCUCGCCUUCUUCGCUGCCUCCGAUGGUAUUGUCCUCGAGAACCUCGCCGCCCGGUUCAUGCGCGACGUCCAACUCCCCGAGGCCCGCGCCUUCUAUGGCUUCCAGAUCGCCAUCGAGAACAUCCACUCUGAGAUGUACUCCCUCCUCCUUGACACCUACGUCAAAGACCACAAGGAGAAGUCGCGCCUUUUCCACGCCAUCGACACGGUGCCGGCCGUUGCUCGCAAGGCGGAAUGGGCUCUUCGAUGGAUCGACUUCUCUGGCUCAUUCGCUGAGCGCCUUGUUGCAUUCGCUUGCGUCGAGGGCAUCUUUUUCUCCGGCUCUUUCUGUGCCAUCUUCUGGCUCAAGAAGCGCGGGCUCAUGCCUGGUCUCACUUUCUCAAACGAGCUCAUCUCCCGCGACGAGGGGCUCCAUUGUGAUUUCGCCUGCCUCCUCUACGGUCUCCUCCGUAACAAACUCUCUGAGGAUAGGGUCCGCGUCAUCAUCGCCGACGCCGUGGAUAUCGAGCGUGAUUUUGUCUGCAGCGCUCUGCCUGUGGCUCUCGUCGGUAUGAACGGCGACCUCAUGAGCCAGUACAUUGAAUUCGUGGCAGACCACUUGCUUGUGGCUCUGGGCUACAACAAGAUGUACGGCGCGGCCAACCCUUUUGAGUGGAUGGAGUUUAUCUCGCUUCAAGGGAAGACCAAUUUCUUCGAGAAGAGGGUGGGCGAGUACCAGAUGGCUUCGGUGAUGUCUAGCUUGAACAACAACGGAGCCAUCCACGAGUUCACGUUGGACGAGGAUUUCUAAAGGCUUUCCUGAUUUCGUGGAUAAGAUCAAUCUUAAUAUGUUAAGCAAGUUGUCGUUGAUAUAAAUAACUGCUUUCAGGGUUAGUAAUGUGUUUGUGUUUUUCUCGAUUGUAAAGUGCUCGAGGAAAUGCCUAGGCCCAAUCAACUACUAGUAAGUUUCGUGUUUGAAGAAAUGCUUAAAAGAUGUUUGUGCUA